CCUCACACCAGUUAGAAUGGGCAUCAUUGGAAAGUGUACAGACAACAAAUGCUGUUGUUGAGAGGGUGUGGCAAAAAGGGAACUCUCUUGCACUGUUGGUGGGAAUGUAAAUUGAUACAGCCACUCUGGAGAACAGUGUGGAAGUUCCUUAAAAAAUUAAAAAUGAAUUACCUUAUGAUCCAGCAAUCCCACUACUGGACAUAUACCCAGAGAAAACCAUAAUUCAAAAAGACACAUGCACCCCAAUGUUCAUUGCAGCAUUGUUUACAAUAGCCAGGUCAUGGAAGCAACCUAAAUGCCCAUCGAGAGACAAAUGGAUAAAGAAGAUGUGGUACAUACAUAUGAUGCAAUAUUACUCAGCCAUAAAAAGGAACGAAAAUGGGUCAUUUGUAGAGACGUGGAUGGACCUAGAGACUGUCAUACAGAGCGAGGGAGGACGACAACUGUGUUCAAGUCGGCAGAUAAACCGGCUGCAUUCAAAGCCAAACUGGAAUUAUGGGGGCAAUGAUUGAACGUUGGGAUUUUUGACAUGUUUCAAACAUUAGCAGAGAUUUUGAAAGAGACUGAGCCAAGACCUUCUUUCUCCCAGCUGGUACAUGAUCACCUAUCUCAUCUUUCAAAAGAGUUUGAGCAUUACUUCCCAACCACAAAAGACCCCUGACCUGGGAAGGAAUGGAUCCGUGACCCACUUGUGAAUAAACCAGGUGAAUCGACUUUGUCCGUGCUAGAAGAGGAGCAACUUCUUGAGAUCGCAAAUGACGGUGACCUUAAAAGUAUGUUUGAGACAACUUCAAAUCUCCAUACGUUCUGGAUUAAAGUCAAGGCAGAAUAUCCUGAGAUUGCCACAAAAGCACUGAAAAACCUGUUUUCAUUUCCAACAUCCUAUCCUUGUGAAGCAGGCUUUUCUGUAGUGACAGAAACCAAAACGAGAUUAUGGAGUAGACUGGACAUAAGCAACACACUUUGGAUGUCACUGUCUCCCAUCACCCCCAGAUGGAACCAUCUAGUUGCAGGAAAACAACUUCAGUGCUCCACUGAUUCUGCAUUAUGAAACACUUAGCCUUUGGACAAGAAAGCUGGCAGAGCUUGAGAAGCCAACUGAGGCCAACCAAGUUUCAGAGCUUCUACUGUCUGAUACUAGCAUCUCCAAGGAUGAACCAUUCUAACCAGAUACUCCUCUACUCUUAACAGUACACCUCUCCCCAGGUCCUGAAGUCCUCAGACCUGCAGAACAGUUUCUGAACUCAGGGUGGUGGUUCCAAGUCUUCACCUGUAUCAUCAGCUGUCACCUUUUAGGAACUCAAAUGACUGCUGAAGACUCAGAGAAGAGAAGAGAGGGAGGGUGGCCACCUUGAUCCAGCUGAAGCAUCUCCAGGAGGCCUUUUCUGGAUGUCACAUCGAGGCUGCCCUUCUGCUACAACACGGAGCUGGUGAUCCCCGAGUUCGUGGACAUGGCUUUGCUCAGCAAUAUCCUAGAGGCCUAUUCCUUUGUCUCAGAAAAUACUGAGCGAGCAGCUCUGUACUUUGUCUCUGGUGUGUGCAUCGGGCUGGUCCUCACCGUAGCUGCCUUGGUGAUGAGGAUCUCUUGCCACACAGACUGCCGGCAGCAUCCCCAGAAGAAGUUCCUGCAGGACCAAGAAAGCAGCAGCAACAGCAGCGACAGCGAGGAUGGCAGCUCCUACGCGGCAUCCGACAUCUCAGUCAGGAGACAUCGUCGCUUCGAGAGGACUUUGAACCAGAACGUUUUCACCUCAGCGGAGGAGCUGGAGCGCGCCCAGCGGCUAGAGGAGCGGGAACGCAUCAUCAGGGAGAUUUGGAUGAAUGGCCAGCCCGAGGUUCCUGGCACCAGGAGCCUGAACCGCUACUACUAGGGGCAGGAGCAGGAAUCCACACCCCGCUGUUAGCCACCUGGUAGAAAAAGGGUCCUGCAAGGAGGGCUGGCACAAAGAGUUGAACGCAGCUCUGCUAAUGUUAUGGUGGCAGAGAUAAGCAGGACAUUCCCAUUUUCUAGCCAGGAGGACUGAUUUCUCCCUUUUGACUAAAUUUAUGGAGAAGUAGAAAAACCAAGUUGGUUCAUCAACUUUUCCAGGUCUUGGAAUGGUGCUGAAAACCCUCUCCAGCAAUGUGGAUGGAGAUUAGAGAAAUGGAACUUGUGGUUUCUCUUGAUUUCUGAGGAUCUCAGAAGUUUCUGCAGACUUCAUUGCUAUGUGUUAUUUCUUUACAAAAGGAAAUAUUAUUACAGGCUGAGGGCUAGGAAGAGCAGGGUUAACUUAACCCAGUAAAUGCAACUUUCUAAAUGACUCCAUGCUAUGGAGGUGAUUUUGAUCCAGAUAGCAUGAUCAAUGCUUAUUGUUUAAGGUCUAUUCUUUCAAUCUUGUGUUGCAAUGGCAACCUCAGGGAUUAAAAUCCUAUUUUUUAUUACAGUUCCCACUUCACUCAUGAAAAUGAAUAAUGUAUUAUAGGAGAUGUGUCAGUGAACUAGAAAAAUGUCAAUAACCUCAAAGGAUGAAGCGUUUUAUUUUAAAUAGCUUAUAAAGAAUAUAUUAACAUGCAAUUAAUGCUACAUGCAUUUGAAAAUGCAGCACAAGAAUAAAAGCUGUGUUUUCCCCCCUUUUGGAGAGAAGAAAAUUUUGUUAUGACUCUAGAUAAUCAUGAUUUUAAACAAUUUGUUUUUUUAAAAAAACCAUUUGGAUUUCUAAUAAAAGAAUAGGAAUAAAGCCAAAAUUAAGUUGGGAUAAAAAAUAAAUGUUACAUGAGA